GCCACCUGGCGACACACCUGCGGCCAGGGCCGUCCUCGGGAAUGGCGGGAAUGGCGGGUUCCCAGCUACUGCCCCUGGCGCUGGCCCUUCUGCUGCUAGUGAGACCCGGCGACUCUCUGUUCUCAGGUGUUGCUAAAACAGAAUUCAGGGAAAGUAUAGCAGUACUGGCUAUCAACCAAGAGUACUCAAAUUCAGACACAAUCCUUUCCCCCACCUCCCUAAGUACAGUCACAACCCCUUCCCCCACCUCCCCAAGUUCAGACAUAACCUCUUCCCCCACCUCCCUAAGUACAGUCACAACUCCUUCCCCCACCUCCCCAAGUUCAGACACAACCCCUUCCCCCACCUCCUCUACAGUAACCCCUACUCCCACCUCCCCAAGUUCAGAAGCGACCCCCACUUUAGACUCCAGCUCCACAGGAACAAACCCAGGCUCAGCCUCUCCAGAGCCAGAAACAGCCUCGCUCCCCAGCCCUGGACCCCCAGACCCCGAGUUGACCACCAUGUCCCAGUCCACGAACGUGGUUCCGCAAGAGUCACCCACUGUGUCCAGCCCUGACCAAGAUGCAGGCAGCCUGUGGAUCCCCACAUCACACAGGAACCCGGGCGUGGUGAUCGCUGUGUGUCUGCUCCUGUCCGCCGUGCUCAUCGGCUCCCUGCUCACUGCUGUGAGACGCUGUGGUCGAGGAGGGCCGGCUUUUCAUAAUCUGGAUACGGUGUCCAUGGCCAGCGUGACCCAGCAGCUGCCGUUUGCUGACCACCUCCAGUCCUGACUCCCAGAGGCCUAGACCUGGGGUGGGCUUGGGGCUAACAUCCAGGAAAAACAGUUGCUGAAAAAGUCCUCACGGUAUUGACCUGGAGAUGAAUUUGUGGCAGGAGGCUGGCUGGAGCCCAGGGGUUCGGACCACUCAUCUGGAACUCAACUCAAAAAUCAAGUCAAUCCAGGAUGAUGACGCACACCUGUCAUUCCAGCACUUGGGAUAUAGACAGGAGGGUCAGGUGUUCAAGUCCACCCUGGGCUACAUAGGGGGUUUGAGGCCAGCCUGGACUACAUGAGACUGUCUUUGAAAAAGAAAAGAAGGGAGGGGCUGGAGAGACGGCUCAGCAGUUGAGAGUACUGGCUGCUCUUCCAGAAGAGCUGGGGUCAAGUCCCGGCACCCACGUGACCCCGGUUCCCGGGAUCUGACACUCCUUUUGGUCUCUGCAGUCGCCAGGCUUGCGGGUGACAGGUACACAGACACACAUUCAGGAAAAACACAUAAAAAAUAACAUUAAGUAAGCACUAAAUAAAUAGUCCUGAGUGUUCUUA